UAUCCCAACAAUUUAAAAUAACUUUUAAGAAAUUUAAAAACUAAGAAAUACCUAUUAAAUAUUUUAAUAUAAAUAAUAAAGUUGAGGUUUUGCAAAAAUUAGAAAUCAUCCCAAAUCAAAUUUUACCACUUAUUAAGGUUUAUAAAAAAAGUACUUUACAACACUGGUUUAUUUUGAAUUUAAAAAUUUUUAAUUAAGUGAGCGCAGUUAAUAAAGUCGAAAUGGUUGUGGGCGCUUUUCCACUGGGAAAACUCGCCUUGCUUGCCAUCAAGCACAUAAGUAAGCCUAUUGGGAAUCUGAUCAAACGAACGGCGCAAAAGAAUCCGUCAUUCAAAACCGUGGUUGUCUCUCCGCCAGCAAGAUUAUAUCACGUUAUCGAUGUGCGCUCGAGAAUGUGGAUGCUGGGGCUGGGACAACCUCGUUUUAUUCCUCCCUUAAAUGAGGCCAUGACAAUUCAAAUGGGAGGCGAUAUUCUGGGCGAGAUGGUGAUCUUUAUAAUUGGUGCUUCGCUGGUGAUAGCAGAGUUUUCAAGGCAGUCGAGGAAUGACAAAAUAAAACACGAAAAGCACAAGGUUCAUAGGGAGAAACUGGAGGAAAGAAUUGGGGAGCUCAACGACAAGGUCUCCCGCCAGGCCAAGGAAAUCAGUCACCUCAAGUCGAUGGUGGUGGGGCGCAGGGUUAACAAUUUCAAACACAGCGAUAGCAGGGAUUUGGAAUGUAACUGA